GUCAUCAAGUGAAGAGCCCCAACAACAAGUGAACGAAAGCUGCACAACAAGUGCUCAGAGUGCCACUACAACGACUAUAUAAAGACAUCCAUCAAGCUAUCCAUCUACGCGUGUGCAAAGUGCAAAAGUGUUGCAAGUCCAAGCAGAAUGCAUCGUACCUCAACUCAAAUGAAGUUCGCCGGAGGAGCUCUGUCGCUGCUCCUGCUCCUGCUGGUAUUCGCUGCCUGCUGCCAGGCACGGCCCAUGGAUCUGUACGAUGAUGUUAGCGAUUUCUUUGAUGCCAUCUCGUUGGACGAUGUCGCCAAUACGGGCCGCAAUACGCAUCCGGAACAGUUCUGCAUGAUGCCCGCUCGCAAGGGUGUUUGCCGUGCUCUGAUACCACGCUGGCGCUACGAUCCGGAGCAGAAGAAGUGUGUGGAGUUCAAGUUCGGUGGCUGCGAUGGCAACGAGAACAACUUCCCCAGCUACAAGACCUGCAUGGCCACCUGUGAGGGCAUGUAGACCGAGACUGGAGGAGCAAGUGAAGAAGUACGGCUGAUCGGUAUUUCAGUAUCCGGUUGGCAGGCGUUGCCAAAGGCGCUUCCCUUUGCUUUUCGUUCUCGAAUCAAAGGCAGCAUUUAAUUUAAUACACACGCACACACAUAAACAUCCCAUUAAGCAACUUUCCUUCAAUAUUUCUCUUUUAUAUUUAUACAUUUUCUUCAACUUUUUUUUUGUUGCUUUAAAAUAUGUUUGUAUUGUAAGUCACUUCAUUCAUCAUUUCGAAAUUUCAGUUUUAAGCCAAAAUUAAUUGUAAACCACAGCGAGUGUUCAACACUUUGCUCUAGCUCUUAAGAUAUUGUGAUAAAUAUUCAUGAUGAAAUAAAGAAUAAAACCAAACCUUAGAUUUCAACU